AUGGUCGGUGUACACGAAAUACUCAAGAAGCGUCUCAUUGACACCAUAAGAUCAGUUCAACCACCCGGAAAAUGGAAGGUGGUGGUUGUGGACGUUGCAACUCAAAAAAUUCUCUGGUCGGCGUGCAAAAUGUAUGAUAUUUUAGAGGAAAAUGUAACUUUGGUGGAAAAUCUUGAAAAGCAACGGCAGCCAUAUCCUACACUCGAAGCUGUGUACAUAAUUAGCCCUACUUAUGAGGCAAUCACAAAAGUAAUCGAAGACUUUGCGAAAAGUGCACCGUUAUAUGCUCAGGCUAAUCUGUUUUUCACAUCAGGACUUGAGGACAAAUUAUUUCAAAGGUUAAGCGCAUCUCCUGCUAAACAUUACAUAAAAAAAUGCAUAGAACUGUACAUUGAUUUUCAAGCUAUGGAAGCCCAGGUUUAUUCAUUCGAGUCACCACAUAGUUUCUUUAAAUUAUAUUCCCCUGAAGAAAUGCCAAACUACGAAGAUGAAAUCAGAAAAAUCGCAAAACAGGCAAGAAUUAAUAUCCCUCUAUAUCUUCUUCUCUCAGUGUGCGCAUCGCUAGGAGAAAAUCCAUUAAUCCGAUAUCAACGAUCUCUCGAAGCAGAUCAUCCAACCAAAACCUUACCGUACAAAUUAGCCAUGUUGCUUCAAAGCAACUUAGACCAAUACAUUAAGGAUAAUCCUGAUUUUCCGCCAUCUGAUAAUCCCCGACCACGUGGUGUGCUCUUUAUUUGUGAUCGAACAAUUGAUAUGAAUGCACCUUUUCUUCACGAGUUCACAUAUCAAGCAAUGGCGAAUGAUUUGCUUGAAAUUGACAAUGGUCAAAGAUAUACUUACAAUUACACUGAUUCGCAUGGAGAUCCUGCGACAAAAGAGGCUAUCCUGGAUGAGACAGAUAAAGUUUGGGUCGAAAUUAGACAUAUACAUAUGCAAGAAUGUAUUGAAAAACUAAUGAAAGAUGUUCGCGAUUUUCUUGAAGAGAAUUCUGGCUUUGCUGACAAUGAUAAAUCCGCAAAUUUGAAUGAAUUGAAAAAAAUGUUGGCGAAUCUUCCGCAAUUUCAAAACAUGAAAGAAAAGCUUUUCCUUCAUUUAAAUAUUGCGCAAGAAUGUAUGUCGAUUUAUAAGAAACAUAAGUUAAUAGAAACUGCGGCAAUUGAACAAAAUUGCGCCACAGGAUAUACAUCUGACGGUCAUGCUCCCAAAACUAUAGUUGAAGAUAUGGUACCGUUGUUGGAUGAUCCAGUUGUAAGCUCAUACGAUAAAAUUAGAAUGCUUCUGCUCUAUAUCCUAUACAAGAAUGGCAUUCUAGAGGAGGAUCGGCGUAAAUUACUUGCGCAUUCUGGAAUUUCCCUAGAAGAAAACGAUGCUCUCAAUAACACUGGAUUAUUGGGUGUCAAACUCAUAAAGUCCCCACUAGGAGGUGAUAAAGGAAAAAAAAAUAAACAAAAACCGCAUAACGAAGACAAUCAUUACGAUCUUUCUCGAUAUACUCCGAAUCUUAAAUCGAUUUUAGAGAGUCAUAUCAAUAAUACAAUAGAUUCCCAGGCAUAUCCUUAUACCAAAGACCCGUCAGCUGAAGUUGAUGCUGGAGGUAAGGCGGUCUCUGCACAACCAGUCUCGUUAAGAAGUGCUAAGCCAGCAUGGUAUAAGAAAGGUCAAUCGACGGAAAGCCGUGCUAGUCGUAUAAUAGUAUUUGUUGCGGGGGGUGUGACUUAUUCCGAAAUUCGUUCUGCAUAUGAACUAUCUGAAAAACAUAAUCGUGAUGUAAUAAUUGGCUCUACUCAUACUAUCACACCUAAGAAAUUUAUUAACGACUUAAAAUAUCUUCGUAAUCCAGUAGCGAUGAAUAGUCCAGGAUAUAAUCAUGUGCCGUCUCCAUCACCCGGCCACAAUCCUCCUCAGCAACAGCAGCAGCAACAACAAAGCGGCUAUAUACCACCACCUCAAAGCAUUCAACCACAGGGUAGCUAUUCAUCUCAGGGCUACGCACAAGGAGGGGGUUACCACCAGCCUCCACCAUCACAAGGAAAUUAUCAACAAGGAGUGAAUUCACAAUAUGCGCAAUUUCAGCGACCACCACCUCUCUCUUCAACUUCUUCAACUUCUUCAACAUCCUCUUCAAAAUCAAAGACGAAAUUUGGAAAGGAAUUUCAGAAAUUUUUCAAAUAA